AAUUGUACUGGAACUAUGACUCGUGAAAUUAUAUCUGAUGAGAGUGUAAUUAGUGGACGCUUAAUUAGUGGAAAUAAACUGGGUGAAACUGAAACUGGUGGUGGUGAAACUAGCGCAGAAGUGCCUAGUGUAUCUAUCGUAAGUGAAACAGUAAGUGGCUUAAGUGGAACAGACUUAAGUGAAACAGCAGGUGCCUUAAGUGAAACAGUAAGUGACUUAAGUGAAACAGUAAGUGGCUUAAGUAGAACAGACUUAAGUGAAACAGCAGGUGCCUUAAGUGAAACAGUAAGUGACUUAAGUGAAACAGUAAGUGACUUAAGUGAAACAGUAAGUGACUUAAGUGAAACAGCAGGUGCCUUAAGUGAAACAGUAAGUGACUUAAGUGAAACAGUAAGUGACUUAAGUGAAACAGCAGGUGCCUUAAGUGAAACAGACUUAAGUGAAACAGGAAACGAAAUACGCGAAACGGGAUAUGAUAAUGAAACAGAACUUGACUUACUAAUUAAACCAUUACUUAAAACAAUUGAAACAGGACGUGAAACUAAGGAAACAGUUCGUGAAUCGAGUGAAACAAUAUAUAAAGGUGAAACAGGACGUGAAACAAGAAUUGAAAUAACAUAUCAAUUGGAAAAUGAAACUAUAGACGAAACAGCAAGUAAAACGGUUGCAGUGUUGGCACAUCAAGUCCCACCAACGUUCACUGCUCCUGAGGUCUUCCAGAACACUAACACUUCAGUACUAGAAUUGGACACACUGCUAGAGAUGACACAGACUGAAGGAGGCCAUGCAGAGGGGGAGAAGACAGAAGGCAUGGACACGAGGAAGGCCCUGCUGUGUCUGUUGACCAUCUUCCUCGUGUCGUUGAGCGCCCUAACCUUUGUGUACAAGAAUUUCCCCGAGCUGGAAGAUGAUGAAUACCAGUACAUGAAGCUGCCGAUGGACAUUGAGGACGCCAAGAACCUGGGUCGUGUUCUGUCCCACUAUAAGGACAGAUACUUUGCUGAGGUCCUGGCCGGUGUUUUUGUCACUUAUAUUUUUCUUCAAACAUUUGCCGUGCCUGGGUCAAUCUUCCUCUCCAUCCUAGCUGGUUUCCUCUUCCGCUGGGAGUUGGCGCUGCUGCUGAUCUGCUUCUGCUCAGCAACUGGUGCCUCCUUUUGCUACCUGCUCUCGUACUUAGCAGGCAGACCCAUCGUACUCAAGUACCUGCCAGAACGCACAAAAUCGUGGCAAGAGAAGGUGGACAAGCAGCGUGAUAACCUGUUGUUCUACAUCAUCUUCCUGCGGAUCACACCAUUCCUUCCAAACUGGUUCAUCAACAUCAGCAGCCCAAUCAUCAAUGUACCUCUCUGGCCAUUCUGGUUAGGUACAUUUUUCGGUGUGGCCCCUCCUAGUAUAUUAGCAGUACAAGCUGGGACGACCCUGUACCAGCUCACCAGCUCCAGCGAUGCCUUCUCUUUAAUGUCUGUGGUCCUCCUGGCCGCAGCGGCAAUAUUAUCUCUAGUCCCGAUAAUUUUGAAGAACCGCCUGAGAGAGAAAUUUGACUAGGGUCGGUAUCCUUCCAUGGGUCAAGUGUGGAGGUCAAGGCACCAGGACACAGAGCCGUCAAAGAAGAAGAAGAAGAAGGGAAGGAGGGUCAGAAGGGGAAUACUCAUCUUGUACAGGAACAAGGAACUUUCUUCACAAGCGGUCGAGUGUCCGGCAGAGGGCACCGAGAAGGUUCCGACCGAGAGAUCUCCAAUAUUAUCCCCCGACGCCCCUCCUUUCUGUCAUGUUGAUCCUGCCAUUGAAGUGGUCAUCAUCGCCCAGACAGACCACUGACCAUUGUUUGAGUUAGUUAUGGCUCACAGUACUACAUGUAAUAGUUGUGUAUCCCUCACGUCUUAUUUUUAACCGUGAGUAAAUAUUUGUUGUUAUGAGUUGUGUUCACUUUCUGUAAUCUAGGGUUCCAAAAUACUACUGUACCCUGGGCGUCAGAAAUAAAAUACAAAUACAUGAUAAGGUCUCGGUGUAUUCUGGUAUUACAGGAUAGAUCCAACUGUAUUAAUUAACGACGUGAACAAAAGGUCCAUUGCAGUUACCCUGUAUUUAUAAAUUCUGUACAUUCGUGUGUUAUUGAUAGUGUAAGAGGCGUCAACGUCCCUCCCCCACCUAGUGUAAGAGGCGUCAACGUCCCUCCCCCACCUAGUGUAAGAGACGUCAACGUCCCUCCCCUACCUAGUGUAAGAGACAUCAACGUCCCUCCCCCACCUAGUGUAAGAGACGUCAACAUCCCUCCCCCUUCACCGUCUAGUAAACAAAAACCAAAAAAAUCCAGAUGUGUCCUUCUCAUAACGUUAUAUUAUUUAUACUCGUUCAAUGUGUGAGUGUUACAUGCAGUAUCCCUAAUGUAUAUCUUAUCUGUGGGGUCCUUAAGAAUAAUCACUCCAUUGUCUUAAUUAAAUCCCCCCUUCCUCCCCCCCCCCAAAAAAAUUUAAAAAUUAUCAUACAUUUAGACGUCUUAUUUCAGUAUGUCAUCAUUUCUGAAACUUUAUAUUGAAGAUGACAUUAAUUUUUUUUUUUUUUUAUCUUUCCCAUCUGAAAUUUAGUUAAAGAUCCUGUAAUGAUUCUUGGGUGGAUAAACAUGAAGCCUCUUACUGAAACUUCCACAAACUGCCUCAUGGUAGGUAAAUGAUGAUAAUGAUAUAUAUAAAACUUGUAAGUGUAUACAGUGUAUGUGUGAUUGUGCCUGCAGUCAUAACACUUAUCAGUCUGUAACCUGAACUAGAAGAAUGUUGUCUCUGUAUUACUGAGUCCAAGUCCCUUCAGUUAUUUUUCAUGGUAUUAUGCUCUACAGGGUGUCUCAGAAAAAAAUGUAUACCUUACAGAUUUUUAUGGAGUUCGCGUGAUUGCUUGUAUACAGUACAUUUUUCCGAGACGACCUGUUAGUGGCAGGGAAGGUUCUUGCAGUUAGUUUGUGUGUGUGUGUGCGCGUGCGUGUGUGCGUUAUAUAUCUAUGUAGUUGAUUGAGAUAUCUUAAGAACCUAUUAGUGAUAUUCCAGUGAAACAUUUUUGUGGCUUAGUUGGAGGAGAUUCAAUUAUGGUCAUUAUAGAACCCACUGUAAAGGUCGAAGUAGCAGCAGCAGCCAAGGUCAAGACAGUGGACGACCAAGACCGUAAUAUGAAGUUUAUAAACAUGGAAGUCUUUUUAGGUAAAUCUCAUUGGUGAUGUAAUUCCGAGAGCUUAUAUUGACAUUUUUUAUUUGUGAUUAAUGACUAAACUGGUCAAACAUGUUGUCAUACACUUUUCCCCACAUAUACUGUAUUAGGUUCUGUAGACAAAACUUUAUGUUGGUGUGAAAGAGAAAAGGACAACAGUUGGACCAGUUUAGUGUAUGGCAAUUGAUUUCUAAACCAAGUAAAGGUCAAUGUUCUACCUUCCAAAUUUAGAUACAAUUUUAAUCUGGAAAGUUUUUUUUGUAAAUAUAUUUCGAUGUAUAUGGCAUAAAUCAUGAAGUUAUGUAAUAUUUAUGUUAAUACUGAAUCACUUGAGAUAUUUUAUGUUAUUGUUUUGUUUUGUGAUAACUGUGAGGUGUGUCGUGGUGGUAUAGGAGAGAAGGGCUUUUGUAUGUCAGUGAUAAAAGCAUUGUAAUCCUGGAGAGUUGAUGUACUGUAUAUAUGUGAGUCGGUAAGUAUGAAUAAAGUAAUUUUAUGUUCUGUAA